AUGCAAGUUUCAUCCUCAUGGUUCCGAACAUUACCCUCCAACCGUUACUCUCUCGAACCGUCUUCCACCGCAACCACCGCUACCUCCUACUCGCCAUGUACAAACCGUGUCACGGAGCGAGCGAUUAAGGCGAUAGUGCUGUCGCAGAGGGAGGCCAAAGCGCUCGGAAGCGAAUUGGUCUACGCGCAGCACCUUCUGCUCGGGCUCGUCGCCGAGGAGGAUCGUUCCUCCGAUGGCUUUCUCGCGUCCGGCGUCACCGUCGAGAAGGCGCGUGAGGUUGUGCGCGGCAUUUGGCACCGGAAUGGUUCGGGUCAUGGCGCCGCACGUGUCGCACGUGGCGGUGUUGAUGACAGAGCGAGUGGCGCGCAGGUUCCGUUUUCGGUUAACGCGAAGCGAGUGUUUGAGGCGGCGGUUGAGUAUUCCAAGUCUUUGGGACACAAGUUUGUUGCCCCUGAACAUAUUACUGUUGGUUUGGUCAAAGUUGAUGAUGGAAGUGCUAGUAGGGUCCUUUACAGACUGGGGACAAAUGCAAACCAGUUGGCGGCUGUGGCAUUCGCCAGAUUACAAAAGGAGAUUGCUAAAGAUGGUAGAGAACCGAAUGUGAUGUCCAAGGGUGUGCCUAACAAAUCAAUUUCUAGAAAAGGUUCUGAUGCAGGAGCCUCUGCCACAACAGGAGAGGAGAGUGCUCUAUCACAAUUCUGUGUGGAUCUCACUGCCCGUGCGAGUGAAGGACGAAUUGAUCCAGUUAUUGGCCGAGAAGUUGAGGUUCAGAGAAUUAUUCAAAUACUUUGCCGAAAAACAAAAAGCAAUCCCAUUCUUCUUGGUGAAGCUGGUGUUGGAAAAACAGCUAUUGCAGAGGGUCUAGCACUUCGUAUCGCUAAGGCAGAUGUUGCUCCCUUUUUAUUGACAAAGCGUGUGAUGUCCUUGGAUAUAGCCCUGUUAAUGGCUGGAGCAAAAGAAAGAGGAGAGCUAGAGGAACGUGUAACAAAAUUGAUAAAAGACAUAAUAAAGUCAGGUGAUGUCAUUCUCUUCAUUGAUGAAGUUCAUAUACUUGUUCAGUCGGGGACAGUUGGGAGAGGAAAUAAGGGUUCUGGCCUUGACAUAGCUAAUUUACUUAAACCUGCACUUGGAAGGGGUCAAUUUCAGUGCAUUGCAUCAACCACCAUAGAUGAAUAUAGACUCUAUUUUGAAAAGGAUACGGCAUUAGCUCGACGGUUUCAACCUGUUUGGGUCGAUGAGCCAAGUGAGGAUGAUGCAAUUAAGAUACUCACGGGUCUACGUGAGAAAUAUGAGGCACAUCACAAAUGCAGAUACACAGCAGAGGCUAUAAAGGCUGCAGUUGAUUUGUCAGCGAGAUACAUAGUUGAUAGGUAUCUACCUGAUAAAGCUAUUGACCUUAUAGAUGAAGCAGGAAGUAGAGCUUGUAUUGAAGCCUUUAAGAAGAAAAAGGAACAAGAAAUUGGCAUCCUUUCAAAGUGCCCAGCUGAUUACUGGCAAGAAAUUAAAGAUGUCAAGACCAUGCAUGAAAUGGAGAGCAAGCUUAAAUACUAUGGCGCAUCAAGCAUUGAGGACACCAAUGAACUCAUACUGGACUCAUAUUUAUCUUUUGGAGCCAACGAUACUGAACCUAUAGAAGUUGGUCCAGAAGAUAUAGCAGCAGUUGCUUCCCUCUGGUCAGGAAUUCCUGUUCAGAAGCUCACUGCUGAUCAAAGAACCCUUCUAUUAGAUCUUGAUAAUCAACUUCAGAAGCGAGUGAUUGGACAAGAGGAGGCUGUUGCUGCCAUUUCUAGAGCUGUGAAGAGAUCCCGGGUUGGCCUUAAGGAUCCCGAUAGACCAAUAGCUGCAAUGCUAUUCUGUGGCCCAACCGGGGUUGGAAAAACAGAACUUGCAAAAUCUUUGGCAGCAUGUUACUUUGGAUCGGAGGCAGCCAUGGUACGAUUAGACAUGAGUGAAUAUAUGGAACGGCAUACUGUGAGCAAAUUGAUAGGAUCGCCCCCAGGUUAUGUUGGUUAUGGAGAGGGUGGCGUUUUAACAGAAGCUAUUAGAAGAAAACCAUUCACACUGUUACUGCUUGACGAAAUAGAGAAAGCUCAUCCAGAUAUAUUCAACAUUCUUCUUCAAAUUUUAGAAGAUGGUCAACUUACUGAUUCUCAGGGUCGGAGAGUUUCAUUUAAAAAUGCAUUGGUGGUGAUGACUUCAAAUGUGGGGUCUAGUGCCAUUGCUAAGGGUCGACACAACUCCAUAGGUUUCUUGAUUCCAGAUGAUAAAUCAACAUCAUACAAUGGCUUGAAAUCGAUGGUAGUUGAAGAACUGAGGACAUAUUUUCGUCCAGAAUUGCUCAACAGGAUAGAUGAAGUAGUAGUGUUUCAAACCCUUGAGAAGUCACAGUUGCUAGAAAUAUUAGAUGUGCUUCUGCAAGACAUGAAGAAAAGGGUCUUAUCCCUGGGAAUCCAUGUAAAGGUGUCUGAAGCAGUCAAGAACCUUGUCUGCCAACAAGGCUAUAACCCAACAUAUGGUGCUCGGCCUCUGAGAAGGGCCAUUACAUCACUAAUCGAAGACCCAUUAAGUGAAGCAUUCCUUUGUGGAGAGUGUAAGCAAGGCGACACUGUCCUCAUUGAUUUGGACUCUAAUGGUAACCCUUUUGUUACAAAUCAGCUUGAUCAGAUAGUCAACUUAUCUGACUGACACGUGUCAUCCCUGUAAUUAAUUAUUGUACAGUAGUAGUAUAGUGCGAUAGGUAUAUACACACUCAAAAAUGUUUUGUCUCUUCAUUAGCCUAGGUAUUUGAUUCUUAUGUAAUGAGCAUACCACGUCAACCAACGAGCAUGACAGCUCAUGAGAUGUCGAAUUUGUUAAAUGUGGCAACUUGUAAAACUUUUGUCGACAAACAUUGUAUUCAAAUUAAAUUCAUUUAUAGAAAUAACUAUAUGAUACUUUUAGUUGACAAAC